AUGGAAGCAGACGUGAAAGCACAGGCCAGCUGGAGUACAAGUCCUCAUCACAAUCCUCAGAUCGGGAGCAAUGAAACGACGAACUAUCACACACGUCUCAACCAAUUUAUGCCUACAAGAAGCAAGCUGGAAGAAGCUGUCAAGACAAUACACAGAAUAAUAGCACAAGCAAAGAGCAUAAUUCAACUAGCUGCGGAACAGAAAGUGAGCUCGGCUAUUUCAAUGGUACAAAACAAUUUACCGCGGGACGAAAAAACGUUGCAAACGACGAGUGUCGGAAUGGGCGCAAUGUACGUAACAGUUUCUGUUGCCAUCUUCAAGUACUUUGACAAAUACAAGGGCUUUGCGAACGGACUAGCCCGCGCUGGCGAGACAGCAGCCGGCAUUGUGUCCCCGUUCGUCCUCGUCUUUCUUCAAGAAUCGUACAGUUUCAGAGGCGCACUUUUCAUCUUCGGGGCCCUUGCACUGCACGCCACAGUCUUAUGCCUGCUUCUGAAGGUCCCACCGUGGAUGGCGCCAAAGAAAACUAAAACAAUUGGCCUAAAACCCGAGGCGUUAACGGUAGAUCCUAGAAAUGAUGUGAACAACAUAAAUGAACCUGCUGGAUCAAGAAGCGUGCAGCAUGCCGACUCCCCUUAUAGCAUCGGUUAUUUACUCACCAUGUUUCGGAACCCAAUGUUCUGUGUCUUUGUUGUUUUUAGUAUGGUCGUUUAUUUUUCUCAAAAUGCGUUUUUCACUACAAUAGUCGACUUUGCCAUGGACAGAGGCUCUUCGCUGGCUGAAGCCUCGUCCAUCGUAACCUACAUAUCGCCCGUUGACUUCGUUGGUCGUAUGACACUGCCGCUCCUAGCAGAUCGGAACUAUAUUCGUCGAAGUACUCUGGUGAUGGUCCUCUUCUGCGUGAUGGCAGUGUCAAUGAUAUCUCUACCGCACACGGCGUCCUUCGCAGCCCUUCUUGCGAUUUGCGUCUGCUUCGGUACCUGCCUCGGGAGUCUUCUGACAAUGGAGGUUGUCAUUGUGACAGAUUACAUCGGUUUGCAACUCUUCGCCGUCUGCUAUGGCUUCUGUUGUUUGGCAAGCAUUCCAGGGAUAUUAGCCAGCCCCCUACUUUUUGGUUUCUUCAGGGACAGCAUGGGCACUUACGACAAUAUGUACCGUCUGAUAGGAGGAAUUCACCUAGCAAUGAGCCUACUUUUCGGCAUAGUAUCUUGGAGAGAAAGGCAGAGUGUAAGGUCCAAUUAA